AUGGAUAAGGAAUUAAAAGAUACUAAACAUAGUAGUUAUAAAACCGUUCAAGCCCUUAAAAAUGCCGGAAUUUCCUUGGACAAACUUUUUGAACGAGUGGAAAAAGGUCGCCAAGCCAGAGCGAAAGAUCAGACUAAAAAACAGCAAGAAUACAGAGAAAAAAUAUUAACUAAUUUAGAUGAUUGGACUCUUUACUCAAAUGGCAUUUAUAAUGAUAAAAAUCAUGUUGCGAUAGAAUUGAGGGGAGAUAAUAUUGUCCGCGUUAACGCACAGUUAGUUGAUACAGAGACUUUGCCAACUUUGGAAAUUUAUCAAGAAGUUCGCCGAGCCAUAUUUAAUAAUCUUUUGAAAAAAAUCCAAGAAAAAAAAGCCAACAAAGAAAAUUUCAAAAAAGAAGACUUUUCUCCCCAAGAAUGGACCAAAAUCGAAAAAGAAAUUAGUAAACUUUCUUCUGCUUCUCAAAGCCGCAAGAACUCCCAAAAAAAUCCUUCAAAUCACAAUGGUUUAAUUACCAUUAUAGUUCUGCUAGUUACCAGCAAAGAAGAAAAAGAAGUUAUUUCUCGCCAAGAGGCAUUAGACCGAGCCAAAAGUCUUGGCUUAGACCUUUUUUGCGUUGCCCCUACUAAAAAUCCUCCGGAAGCCAUAAGCGAAGAAAAUGUUAAACAAGAAGAAAAAGAAUUAAAAGAACAUGACGAUAAAACUAAAAAAUACCAGCGCUUCACGGGAUGA